AUGCCAUCAACCAUCCCACCAUCACCCCCUGUGAUAUCAACUUCCCCUCCGUUCACCAAUCAAGAAAACAAUAACGGUGAUUCAUCAUCCACUAAUAGUCUGGCUGGUCCAGUAUCAAGUGGCGGAGGUCGUUUCAGUCCAACUUCUUCAUCAUCAAAUAAUACAAGACAUCAUAAUAAUUUCUUAUCUUCAUUACUACAAAAAUCAGUAACAAGAUCAAGAGAAAAUUCCAUAACUUCAACUUUAGAUGAUAAUACUAUCACUAAUCCAUCUUCAAGUAAUGAAGAUUCAAAUUUAACUUUAAAAUCUUUACCUUUUAAAUCUCCAUCCUCCGAUCCAUCCGUUUCUUCAACUUCAACUAUAACAAGUCUAAAUCAUCAUUAUAUUAACUCAUUAAGAUCAUCUCAUUCUGCAUCACCCGUUAAAGAAACCAAUCGAGUGUUUUUAGAAUUUGAUCCUAUAACUAAACGUAAAGUUUUAAAUACGUUUGAAAUUUUAAAAGAAAUUGGUAGAGGUGAACAUGGUAAAGUUAAAUUAGCCAAAGAUUUAAUUAAUAAUGAAUUAGUGGCUAUUAAAAUUGUAAAUAGAAAAUCAAAACGUGAUAAAGCUUCCAAUUUAAGAUCUUCAUUAAAACCUUUAAAUGAUUAUGAAUUAAAAAUUAAACGAGAAAUCGCCAUUAUGAAAAAAUGUAAUCAUAAAUAUAUCGUUAAAUUAAGAGAAGUCCUUGAUGAUUUAAAUUCUUAUAAGAUUUAUUUAGUAUUGGAAUAUUUAGAAAAAGGAGAAAUCAAAUGGAAACGAUUAAAAUCAGAUCCUCCUAUCAAUAUAACUAUACCAGAAGAUUCCACCACAAUCAUUCCUUCAUCUCAUCCAGAUGAAAUCCCAUGUUGUGGAAGUAAUCAACAACAUGUUUUAUUCCAACAUCAUCAUAAUCAUCAUCGAAGAUCAAUCAGUCAUGAAGAUGAAAAUCUUCUUUCGGAUGAAUUCUCCCCUAAUUUAACCUUCAAACAAUCAAGAAAAAUCUUUAGAAAUGUAUUAUUAGGGUUGGAAUAUUUACAUAUUCAAGGUAUAGUUCAUCGUGAUAUUAAACCGGCUAAUUUAUUAGUUAGUCUGGAUAAUAUUGUUAAAAUUAGUGAUUUUGGAGUAUCAUUUGCUUCAUCAUUAAAUGAAACUGAUGAUGGUUAUCUUGUUAAUGAAUAUGAUUUAGCUAAGACUGCUGGUACACCAGCAUUUUUUGCCCCUGAAUUAUGUCAAACUAAUUUCUCAUCAACUUCAUCUACAAGUCCUAGUUUACCUAAAAUUGAUUAUAAAAUUGAUAUUUGGGCUUUGGGAAUCACAUUAUAUUGUCUUUUAUUUGGGAAAGUUCCUUUCAACGCUGAUUCUGAAUUUGAAUUAUUUCAAGUGAUUGUAAAUGAAUCAUUAAAGUUCCCUGAUCAUAAAGAUUCAUUCAAUUCUCCUGCUCAAGUUACUGAUUUAGAAUUUGAUUAUGCUAAGGAUUUAUUAUCAAAAUUAUUAGAUAAAGAUAGUACUACCAGAAUUGAAAUUAAAGAUAUAAAAGCUCAUCCUUUCACAUUAAUGGAUUUAGAAGAUGAUAUUGAAGGAUUACAUGAAUUAUUACAUUUAAAUGCCGAUGAAGAUGAAAUAUAUGAUUUAAAUUUCGAUCUUAUAUCCCAAAACAUUACAUCUCAAGAUAUAAAUAAUGCGGUGAUUGGAAUUGGAUCAAGAAUUACCAGAAGUUUAGUUAAAGCCAUUAAAGCCGGUGGGUUAAAGGAUUCAGAAAUUAAGAAUAAAUUUGCUGCUUUACAAAUUGAACAUUCAAGAAGUACUUCAAGUGAUGAUUCAUCAGGUAGUAAUUCUCAACAUAAUUCUUCAACUAGAUUAACCAAUGGUUUAUUAAGAAAUGAUAAUAAUAAUCAUUCAUUUAUUUUAUCAGAAGGAUUUCAAAUGGGUCCAACUCUACCCCUUUCGACGGCUACUAGUGUUUUAAAACAUGAUAAUUCAAGUCAUACAUCAUCUGCUCCUCAUGUUCCAUCGACUUUAUCCCAACAAACAAGUUUACAAGCUACUCCUACUCAAUCUCAACAAUCUACAUUAUCAAGAUCUUCAUCAUUAUCUAUUGCUGGCAUUAGAGAAGGAAGAUCAAUCUUACAUGAUAUGAUUGAACUGCAUGCGGGUGGUAGUAAUCCAUCCAGUAGAAGAGGUAGUUCAGUAGGGAUCGUUGAAGCUCCUAGAAUUGAAACGAAGAGAAAUGUGGGUGGUGAUUUAUAUUUGAGAAAUCAAUCUGUAGUGGAAACAUUUAAAGAUAUUCAACAACAAGAUGAUAAAAAUAGAAGAAAAUCAUCAUUAUUAUCCAGUACUAAUUCAAAUCCUUCAACUGCUAAGAAUUCAAUUGCUUCACAAAUGGAAUCCACUAAAUUAGCAUCACGUCAAUCUUCUAAUAAUAUUCCGAAAUAUACAAGUCAAUUAAGAGUUGGACCAAUCAGUAUUUUAGAGGAUUCAGAACGAAGACCAUCAUCCGUGAUGUCAUUACCUUCUAAUGGAAGUUUUGCAUCAUUGGAUAGUAUUAAUGAUGAUUAUCUUUGUUUGAAAUAUCAAGAAUAUACCAAGAGUCGUCAAGAACUUAAGAAUAGUCGUAAUGAAGGAGUGGCACCAAAAGUAUCUCAUAAUCAUACUCAUUCUGAUACGAAGGUUUUCACUCAUCCUGAUGAUAUUGAACUUUCGGAGAAAUUUAAGAGUUUUGAUUUAGGUUCACUGAUGAAAUCUCCUGGGUUGAUUGAUGAAAAUUUAAUCGCUGGUCAUGGUCAUGAAGAUGAAGAUGAGGAUGAAAAUGAUCCAAAAUCAUCGAUACCAUUGACUAAAUUUGAAUCGAGUUCAUCUUAUUCAUCAUAUAGUUCGACAAGAUCAUCCUCUAAUGAUGAUGAUGAUGACGAUGAAGAGGAUGAUGAAGAAGAAGGUGAUUUAACGUUAGCAUUCAGUUCAAAAGUGACUCCUUUAUCAAGACCUAAAUUAUUUACUUUGGAUCAUAGAGCAAGAUCUCAUGAAUCUAAUUUACAUGGUUUAGGCCAUCAAACAAAUCAACCACCUCCAACUUAUGAAGUUCCAUUUAUAUUCCAACAUCAAGGUAAUGAACCUGAAUUUGAAGAUUUACCAGAGGAUUUAAUGACUAAUGUUCAUAGACCUAGUAUUGCUGUUGCUGCUGGAGCAAGAUUAAUGGUUCCAUCUGAUUCAUUAACUACUAGUAAUGGAUCAACUACCACUUUACAAGGAGCUGAUUAUACUAAUCUUCCUGCUCGUAUUUUAAGUCCUGAUUUACCAUCAUCACCUCUUGUUCAUUCCCAAUCAGUUGGAUCACCACAACCAAUACAAUUACCAUCGGCAAUAACGGAAAGAAUCAGCAAACAAGUUAGAGUCUCAUCACCAUUGACUACUGUGAUAGCCAAUUCUUCAUCAGUUGCAACGGGUACUACCUUUAAGAAGAAACAUAAUUUAGGAUUACGAGAAAACAUCUUUAAUAAUCAAUUCAAUAAUCAUUAUAAGAAAGAUCCGAUUUAUUCCCCAUUCCCUACUGCUAUUCAUCUUGAUAAUGAUAAAGAUGCGUUAGUGAAAGCUACCACUCAGAAACAUAAUGAACAUCGACCUAAUUAUUAUAGAUCGAAUUCUAUCACGGUAGGAUUGUUACAGCAUGAAAGAGAAGAACGUAGUCUUUAA